AUGGCACGAAUUCUACUUCUCGGAGGUCACGGCAAGAUCGCCAUGAAAAUGACUCGGAUUUUGGCAGCACGAAACCACACAGUUACUUCUAUCAUCCGAAACCCAGACCACGCAGAAGAAAUUCGUGCUUUGGAUUCAAAACCGCACCAUGUCAAUCCAGUGGUGGCUUCUAUCGAGGAGGCAGAUGAUGAUUCGGCGAAGAAGUUGAUGGAGAAUAUCGAUUGGGUCAUUUGGUCUGCAGGUGCAGGAGGAAAAGGCGGCGAAGAGAGAACUAAAGCUGUAGAUGAAGUGGCUGCGAAACGCUUUAUAGCUGCAGCCAUCGCCUCCCCGACUCCAUCCAAGUUCCUCAUGGUUUCGGCCAACUGCUCGCGACGUUCUCCAGCGUCUUAUUGGACUGAGAAGGACAUUGAGGGUUACCAGGAAACUUGGAAAGUCAUACCAGCUUACUGCGAAGCCAAGACCGUCGCAGACGAGUUUUUAUGGACGGAAAGUCGUAAAGUUGUCGGAAAGAAAUGGCAGGAUAUCUGUUUGAGGCCCGGGUGGUUGUUAGAUGAACCUGGGAAUGGCAAAGUGGAUUUGGGGAGGGCGAAGACGCACGGUGGUGUUCCAAGAGAUGAUGUUGCUGCGGUUGCUGUGGAAUUGUUGGAGAAGUCCGACAUGGAAAAUAAGAAUGCGGCUGGGUUGUGGAUCGACUUGGUUGGAGGUGAUGAGCCGAUUUUGGACGCGGUGAACAGAGUGUUGGUUGACAAGGCCAGUUCAAGGGAAUGA